AUGGUUUAUGCCAUCACAGAAAUUAACAAUUCAACUGACCUUCUGCCCAAUAUUCAACUGGGCUUCAGACUCUAUGAUUCGUGUUACAAUGAAGUAAGAUCUUUGUUGGGAUCAUCAUGGAUAUUAUCAGGAAAAAAAGACAUUGUGCCAAAUUAUAACUGCCAUAAAAAAGCCAUGCCAUCUGCAAUAGUCGGAGACAUGCCUUCCAAAGCCUCUAUGCCAAUAGCUAGGAUCCUGGGACUUUACCGAUAUCCUCAGAUCAGCUAUGCCUCAGCUCAUCCACUUCUGAGUGACAAGCUUCAGUUCCCAUCCUUUCUAAGGACUAUCUCUAAUGACAUCUAUGAAGUUUAUGCCAUUGCUCAGUUGGUUAAACAUUUCAACUGGACUUGGGUUGGUGUCAUAACGUCUGAUAAUGAUUUGGGAAGGUCUGGAACUCAGCUACUAACCAAACAGAUUGAACUUAAUGGUGGUUGCACUGCAUUUAUAGAGAUUCUUCCUAUCUACACUUCAAUGGAAUCUGUCUUUCGUAUAGUAGAUGUAAUAAAAAAAUCCACAGCUACAGUGAUUAUUGUAUAUUCUACUAUGGAGAACCUUAUCAGUUUAAUGGAAGAGGCUUCCCUUAAUAACAUUACAGACAAAGUAUGGGUCGGUUGUGGAAGCUGGUCUAUUUCUUCAGACUUUCCAAGAAAAGAAAUGUUAACUACAUUAAAUGGUAGUUUAGGUGUAGCACCACAAAGUGGUAAAAUUCCAGGAUUCAAAGAAUUCCUAUACAGCAUUAAUCCUUCAAAGUAUUUAGAUGAUAUAUUCAUUAGAACAUUUUGGGAAAAGGCUUUUAACUGUGUUUGGCCAACAGAAGAGAGAUAUAAUUAUACUUCUGUCAAAUCAAAUAAAAAUGAAUCAAAUGUUUGCUCAGGGAAAGAGAUAUUGGAAAGGAUUGAUCCAUCUGUUUAUGAUGUCUACAAUUUUCGAUACACAUACAAAAUUCACACAGCUGUUUUUGCAAUAGCUUAUGCUUUGCACCAAAUGAAUUCUUGUGUACCAGGACAAGGACCAUUCACAAAUGGAUCUUGUGCAAACAUUUAUAAUCAUGAACCAUGGCAGUUACUACAUUACAUCAAAAAAGUAAAAUUCAACAAUACUGCAGGAGAGGAAAUAUUUUUUGAUGAGAAUGGAGAUGUUCCUCUAUACGUAGACAUUCUAAAUUGGCAACUCUUCCGUAAUGGCAGUAGUCAGUAUGUCCAUAUUGGCAGCUAUGAUGCUCGAUCUCCAAAAGGUCAAGAACUUCAGAUUGACCAAAAUAAGAUUUUAUGGAAUGGAGGUCAGACUCAGGUUCCUCUCUCAAUCUGCACAGCUCCAUGCCCAAUAGGCCACAGAAAAGCUGCACAGAAAACACAAAAAAUGUGCUGUUUUGACUGUUUACCCUGUUCUGAAGGAGAGAUUGUCAACCCUUUAGAUAACAGUGAAUGCCUCAAGUGCCCUGAAGAUAAAUGGCCUGAUAUCAGAAAAGAGAUGUGUGUGCCAAAACCAAUCCAGUACCUUUCCUAUGAAGAAUUGUUGGGAUCUUCUCUGGCCUAUAUUUCCAUCAUUUUUAGUUUCCUUACAUUUGCUGUGCUCUGCCUGUUUAUAAGAAAACAUAAAACUCCAAUAGUAAAGGCCAACAACAGGGAACUGAGCUACCUCCUCCUUAUUUCUCUCAUGCUUUGCUUUCUCUGCUCCUUAUUAUUUAUUGGCCAUCCCACUAUGACAACUUGUAUGCUACGGCAGGUGGUGUUCAGUGUCAUUUUCUCUAUUUGUCUUUCUGCAGUACUGGCCAAGACAAUCACAGUCAUUAUGGUUUUUAGUGCUACUAACCCAGACAGCAAAAUAAAAAAACUAGUGGGAUUCCGCAUACCUAUGUAUAUAGUUCCAUUGGGUACAAUGAUACAGAUAAUUUUAUGUAUUUCCUGGCUUGCUAUGGCUGCCCCCUUUGCUCAACUCAACACGGCAUCAGAAAUUGAUAAAAUUGUUAUUGAAUGCAAUGAAGGUUCCAAAGUAUUAUUUUCAUGUGUUUUAGGUUACAUGGGACUCUUGGCCUCCAUUAGCCUCCUAGUAGCAUUUCUAGCAAGGAAACUCCCAGACACUUUUAAUGAAGCCAAAUUUAUUACAUUCAGCAUGUUAGUGUUUGCUAGUGUUUGGGUGACCUUUAUUCCAGCGUAUCUCAGCACUAAAGGUAGACUUAUGGUAGCCGUGGAAGUUUUUGCCAUUCUGUCAUCAAGUGCUGGUCUGCUUGCCUGUAUAUUCUUCCCAAAGUGCUAUAUAAUUCUAUUGCAACCAGAGCUGAACAGCAAGAAGUUUAUAACAGGAAAAAAUUAUUCUAAGAAGAGAUAAUGAAUAGUUUAUGCAGAA